AUGUAAGAGAAAAAGAAUACGGAUAAAUUAUCUAAUUAUUCAACUCAAAGUAAAUGCUUCAAAUCUACAGCUACAAAGUCCUCAUCUACGAAUUAGUAUCCAGAUGUAUUCAGAUGCCAUUAAUUCUAAUGUUCCUCAGAUGCAUCUCAAAUAACUGUUAUUUUCCCUGAGAUUGAUUUAUAAGUUGCAUAUAGAAAAGGGGAAUAAAAUAUGUAAAAGAAUAUCGAUACAAAUGGCGAAAAAGCUAAUGGUUAAAUCACAUGCCCUUAAGAUUAUGAAAGAUUUUGUAAUUAUAUUAUUAUAUAUCCAAAUUUUUGUUCCUAAAAAGGAGUUUGUGUAAACGGUCAAUGCAUCUGCUAAGACAGAUUUGGAGGAGUUGAUUGCUCCAUAAAAUGCUCCGGAGUAGUCGAUAAUUAUAAUUGUUCAAAAGGCUAAUGUCCUUAAAAUAAAUUCUUGAACACAGAUAAUACUUGUAAAUCAGAUUGUCCUUCAGGUUCAUUCGAUGAUGCUGGAAAAUGUGAAUCAUGUGAUAACAAUUGUUCUAGAUGUAAAGGACCAUCAGCUAAUGAGUGUACUAGAU